ACUGAAAAAAUAAAAGGAGGCGCUGAUGCAGAUUAAGAUGGCGAGCGAAAGUGUCCGAAUGCCUCUCACACGCGGUGAACUUACUGGCCUUGUGUUUCGAUUGUCCCUUUUUGGUGCUUUAACGUACUUUGGCAUAAAAUGGAUGGUUAACGCUAUUGAUCCGACGCGUAAGCAGAAGAUUGAGUCCAAGAAAAGAGCAGAUAGGAUACUGAAAAAAAUAGGCAUACAGAAUGUGAACUUGACAGAAUAUGAGCUGUCAAUUGCGGCUCAGCUAAUUGAUCCUCGAGACAUCAGUAUAUCAUGGGAUAGCAUCGCUGGCUUGGAGGAGAUCACUCAGGAGCUCAGGGAAACUGUCAUACUUCCCAUUCAGAAGAGGCACCUCUUCACUGGCUCACAACUGAUCCAACCACCAAAGGGAGUGCUGCUUCAUGGUCCACCUGGCUGUGGUAAAACCAUGAUAGCAAAAGCGACAGCACGAGAAGCUGGAGCCCGCUUUAUCAACUUAGAGGUCGCUGCGCUUACUGACAAAUGGUACGGAGAAUCUCAAAAGCUCGCCAGUGCUGUUUUUACAUUGGCAGUGAAGAUUCAACCUUGCAUUAUCUUCAUUGAUGAGAUUGACUCAUUCCUACGGUCUCGUGAUAGUCAAGACCAUGAAGCAACAGCUAUGAUGAAGGCGCAGUUCAUGUGUCUCUGGGACGGCCUAAUUACAGAUCCCGAUUGCCAGGUUGUGGUAAUGGGUGCCACUAACCGUCCACAUGAUGUUGACAAGGCCAUCCUGCGCCGCAUGCCAGCUAUGUUUCAUGUUGGGUUGCCUAAUCAGCAGCAAAGAGCUGGAAUUAUCAAGCUAGUGUUGGAGACAGAAGGGGUGAGCAAGGAUGUGGACAUUACCAAGAUUGCACGUCUCACUGAAGGCUUCUCGGGUAGUGACUUGAAGGAAUUGUGCCGUAAUGCUGCCCUUUACCGUGUUCGUGAUCUGUUGCGAAUCGACAAGCAUCACGGAGGGGGACUCAAAGAAAUGUCUGAUGAUGAAGAAACGUUUCAUGACGCACGUCAGUCUGGUGCAAAAGAAGGUUCAGACGAUGACGAAACAUUCCACGAUGCAUUGCGGCCUAUCUGUAUGGAAGACUUCACCAAUGCUCUGGCUAAAAUGAAGAACUCAAAAGUGCUUGCCCACCAGCGACAUAGUGUCCCACUAGAAUUGGACUAGGCUUUAAAUGGUCAUCUGGAACUCCUGAGGAUUGUGUUGUUGUAUUAGUGUUUCCAUCAUUAAUGCCCUACCAGAAGUGGACUGAACAAUGUGAACUGCUCUUUUAUUUGCUAAGCAGUAUAAAAAGUUUAAUGGUGAUCACCUUCUCAGCAUUUGUCGGACUGUACCUCUAUGCUGAACAGCUAUCACUUCCACCUUUCAGAAGCUAUUGUUCAUAAGAAUGUGAGUCAUUGUCUGCAAGAAUGUUGGCAGUAAAUGCUUACAGCUUUACUGGCAGGUGAGUGCCUCAUGCCCACAAAUAGUGCUUGGCAUUGAGAACAUUAUGCCGAACGAUAUUUGAAUUUUUGAAAAUGAAGGAGGUUUUAUGAUGUUCAUUUACGCUCAACAUUUUUUUUUUUGCCUUCAGGCACUGCCCAACAGGACUAUGGGCUAAGGUUCAAAGUGAGAGUUGUUUUGUGUUAUUUAAAAAUGUUGUUAAUAUAUCGUAGUUUAUUUCUUACAGUUAUCAAAUUCCACUGCACUUGUAGUAGAAUAUAUCUGCUGCAGCUAGUAACAGUUUUAUACAUAUACUCAGAUAUAUAAAUAUGUAUAAAUAAAAAUACUUGUCUAUGUGAUAGCAUUUGCUUACAUUGUGGCAGGAACUGUGUGCAUUUGCAGUCUCUCAGUACAUAUAGCUUUGUUGACUUUUUGUGUGCUUUAAAAUGUAGUUCAAUUGUUUGUAUAAAUUGACCAGUAUUUUAGAGAUUAAAUAAAUUAAUGCAAUAAUAAUUUAGUAAGCUUCUGUUAAUGUCAUAUGUAUUGCAAGCUAGCAGCCUGUUAGCUAAAGCAUCGUACAACUAUAGUGCCUUCAAUGGAAAGUUCUUUUAUUUGCAGAAGAAAGCAGAUGCGCUAGAAACAUAAAACAUAUCUUCUUCAGGCAAUAGAUUUGUGCCAGCCCUUGUUUUUUGUCUUCCGUGGAUUGGCUUGUGCUCAUAAUUAAAACAGUUUAUCACACCUGUUCAA